CCCUCGAGCGACGUGGCCAAUCAGUGUGUGUGUCAGCGACACAUGAAUGGCGAUAUCCAAGGAAUGGCUCGCGGAACAAAGAAGCCGCCGGUCUCGAAUUCCCGUCGAUAGAGAAAAUUCGCGAAUGAAACAGCAUAGAAGAUUUGUUGUUAAGGCUUGAGUGAAACCAAAUGAAUAUCUUCGACGCAAAGUCCAACAGUUUUGGUUUUGUUUUGCUCAAGGAGGGACCUUGGCCUCGUGAGAGCUUUGUCGAGCGCCAGGCGAGGCUGUUGGCUACAUUGGAACGAGCGAGGUUCCUCUGACAGUGGACUGAGUGUCUCUGAGAGCGGCUCUCAGCCAGGGACGACUGCCCUUCUGGCCACAGCGCCCAUGAGGUAACGGCGAGAAGUCCCAUACCACCCUCGCUCCGCCCUCCACCCCAUCUCCCUCUAUCCCUCCAUCCCUCUCCAGCGAUGGGUCAGAAGAUCUCGGGCAGCAUCAAGUCGGUUGACGCACGGGGCGAGCCCUCAUAUCGGCCUGUCCGCCGUGAGCUGCGGGGUCCAGACUUCUGCCGGCCUCCUCGUCUUGACCUACUUUUGGACAUGCCCCCUGCAACCUCUGACCUGCAGCUCCACCAUGCCUGGAACCCAGAGGACCGCUCGCUCAACGUCUUUGUCAAGGAGGACGACAAGCUGACCUUCCACCGCCACCCGGUGGCCCAGAGCACCGACUGCAUCCGUGGCCAGGUGGGCUACACACGGGGGCUCCAUGUCUGGCGGAUCCACUGGCCGGCGAGACAACGAGGAACACACGCUGUCGUAGGGGUGGGCACGGCUGACUCUCUUCUACACUCUGUGGGUUACACAGCCCUGGUGGGUUCGGACUGUGAGUCGUGGGGCUGGGACUUGGGCCGGAACAGACUCUACCACGACAGUAAGAACCGGCUGGCCUCCACCUCGGCACCAACAUACCCGUGUUUCCUGGAGGCAGACGAGUCGUUUGUUCUGCCGGAUGCCCUGCUGGUGGUGCUGGACAUGGACGAGGGCUCGCUCAGCUUCAUGGUGGACGGCCAGUACCUGGGCGUGGCCUUCAGAGGGUUAAAGGGCAGGAGGCUGUACCCUAUCGUCAGUGCCGUGUGGGGACACUGUGAGGUCUCCAUCCACUACGUCAAUGGACUGGAUCCGGAGCCCCUCCCCCUGAUGGACCUGUGCAGGCGAGUGGCCAGGCUGGCUCUGGGGCGGGACCGAGUCAACCAGAUAGACACCCUCCCUCUGCCAGAGACCAUCAAGAACUACCUCCAGUACCAGUGAACCUACACUCACCAGGACAACGAACAACUGCUUGACGACGGCUACAUUUCACUACGGUCAACCACAAACAAUUGAACCCUGAACCACUGGACAUCUACUGAGGAUGAUGAUGGUCGGGAGGAAGCCUAUAAAGGAGUUGCGAGUUUCCUUUUAGGAUUUGUCCAUUUUGAACUCCAUUGUUUCAAUUUGCUCACUGCUGUCCCCCAGAUGGACAGAUGAGCGAUUGAUGGACAGACAGAGGUAGAUGGGCUUGAGACUGGACUCUAGCAGAAGUGUUGGGCUAUGAUGCUGUCUUCUCAUUGGGUCUAUAGCAUGGAAGCUUCUAGAAUAUAUUCCUGGAGGAACAGGGCAUUUUGGGGAUGAUGCACAGUUACUGUACAUCUAUAGACUCUCUGGAAGCCUCUCUGCACAUGUAGAUAUUUAGACUCUAGCAGGCUCUACUGAGGCUCACCAGCCCCUAGCCACAGGGACGCGAACAUCGUUCAAAGCAUGCAUAUGCAAACACUAGCUCAUGCUCAGAGGGGCUGUUUUCAGUGUGUGUGAGGUUUUAUGCAUGUGUGGGUUGGUGCGUGUCGGCCUUGCUCUGCAACAGGCACCCUAAGACAUCAGUCUGACCCACUGAGUUUGGCAACACUGCAGCCCUGAUAUCUCUAGUCCCCUGCUGCACUGCACCUCCCUCUCAACUGGCAGUCUCCCUUUAUUUAUCAGUGGGUUUCAUUGGAUCCAUGACUCUGUCUGGGUGAGUGACUGGGUGUGCGUCCACAGUGGCACCCUAUUUCCUACAUAGUGCACUGCGUUUGAUCAGCUUGAUCAAAUGGCGUGCACUAUGUAGGGAAUAGGGUGCCAUUGUGGACAUACAUGGCAUGUGGUCAGUCAGUGUGAUGUGUUAAAGCUGAGGUUGGUCUGAGGGCCAAUCUGCUGUUACUGUUGAUGUGCCUGCUCAGAGAAAGCACAUCUCACAGGAGACAAAAAAAAGACCUGCUGCUUUUUUUUCCCUCUUUCCGUUCUUAUCCUGAUGGUGACUAUUCCUUUAAGUAUAUUGUUCUGUUUUUAUGACUGGGGAUUUACUUUGUUUCUGAUUUUUGUUUUCUAUGGUUUUGAGCUCUAUUUGCCGGACAGGAAGUGACCCGGGUGAGACAGGAAGUCUCGCUGAGAGAGACUGAUCGAGGAAUGUGCUGCCAUGAUAAUCUUUUAAAUGUGAAUAAAACACAAAGAAACUGAACCAAACACGCUGGUGUUUUCUGUCCAGUUGGACCUACUGUCACCUCAGUAUGCCAGUGUCAUCCAAAUGAAUGGAAGCCUCAAUGCUGCCCAGCACAUUCACAACACUAUGCCUUUGAACCAAAAAUAUAGUCAUUCAGUUAUUUCACUGUGACUUAAAGUAUGUCGCUGUAGUUGGAUGCCUGUGUUUGAUAUUUAGUCAGGGACGUUUUCUGAAGCUGAUGUCCCAUGGGGCAGGCUUUGAACAGAGAACAAAGCCUGUUCUGUGAUCACAGUUCAGACAAAGCAGCUUUCCCUGACCAUUCAGAAAACCCUGUCAUGUUUUACAGCAUACAUCUGUCUGUCGAUCAUAUCAAGAUCACAGCAGGACAGCAAAGUGCUACUGAUGAUUUAACACAAGUGGUGUUAGAGUUCAGUUGUAAGGAAGGAAACAUUUCCCUAAAUGGUUACUAUCAUCCUAUAGGUAGGGUUACCUGCCCAUUACCAGAAGUGUACAUAACCUUGUGUUAUAGCAAUUGGCUCAUUCACCCCCCCCCCCUUCCUUUCCCCUGUAACUAUUCACCAGGUCAUUGCUGUAAAUGAAUGUUUUUCUUGUCAACUUACCUGGUAAAAUAAGGGUUACAAAAAAAUGGAUCUCAGGUGACGGCUUUAGUGCUGAAAUGUAGGUUAAGAAGCAAGGAUUUGAAGGAUGAGGAAGCGCUUCAGGGCAUGAUGCUGGACACAGCAUCACAGUUUGAGGCUAAGACCAGGCAUUGGAAAUCAAAUAUCAGUUAAAUGAGAUCAUCCCUGCCCUUGGAAUUUAGUAAUUAAUUUACUCCCUUGCGGAAAGGUAGGAUCAAAUCAGGUCCUCGAUCUGUCUAAAAGGGGCUUAUCCUUGAUACACCCCGUUUCUUGACAGUUUGUUGUGGCAGCUUGAUUUGAGCUGCGCUACUAUGCUGAUUUACAAUUGAGCUCUGAUUAUAUCCUGUUGACUGGGGUAUAAUCUUACAACAGUGGCUAUUGGCUCCCUCCCUUCUCUUCCCUCUCCCCCUACUCAACCCAUUUAUUUCUCCCUACUUCUCACCCUCUCCAACCAGUUUUCCAUCAUCGUCCAUAUUAUUACUCUCUGCACUCUCCUGUCCUUUACCUCUUAUGCCUGUACUUUCCAUCAUAUUCAUCACGAAAGAUGUAAUCUCUACCCUCACCGGUCUAUUCUACUGCCUUCACACUCUCCAUGAUGCCCAUCAACAUUCCUCCUUUCACUCUUCUCUGCUCCCUCAUCUUUACCUCACUCCCUCAUUCCUUUCCCUCCCUCUCAUCCUGUAUUGAGUGACAUGGAGGGAGGAGAACUGUAGCAGUUGAAGGGCUGUUGUCUUCCACAGAGGCUGCAUGGAGGGAAGAUGAAGAAAUGUAUAAUUCCUAAAAGAAAAUCACCUCUAGGUUUGGUCUUAUCUCCUGCAGAGUGUUAUGUAUUGUGUGGUCUGUUUCUCUCAGAUUAAAUGAAUGAGUGCUUGACUUCUCAAA